AUGGAAGAGGCUAUCCUACUCAAUCAAACUUCUGCCGUGACAUAUUUUCGGCUUAGAGGUUUAUCUGUAAAUCAGAAAGUGCAGAUGGCUGCAUUUUUCAUGUUCCUCGUGUUCUAUGUCCUGACACUGAUUGGGAACAUCCUCAUCAUCAUAACUAUUAUCUAUGACCGCCGGCUCCAUACCCCCAUGUAUUUCUUCCUCAGCAACCUGUCCUUUAUUGAUGUCUGCCACUCCACCGUCACUGUCCCCAAGAUGCUGACAGACACCUGGUCAGAGGAGAAGCUCAUCUCCUUUGACGCCUGUGUGGCCCAAAUGUUCUUCCUCCACCUCUUUGCCUGCACAGAGAUUUUCCUCCUCACCGUCAUGGCCUACGACCGCUACGUGGCCAUUUGCAAACCCCUGCAGUACAUGAUAGUGAUGAACUGGAAGGUAUGUGUGCUGCUGGCGGUGGCCCUCUGGACAGGAGGGCCCAUCCACUCCAUAGCCCUGACCUCCCUCACCAUUAAGCUGCCCUACUGUGGUCCAGAUGAGAUUGACAACUUUUUCUGUGAUGUACCUCAGGUAAUCAAACUGGCCUGCACUGAUACGCACGUCAUUGAGAUCCUCAUCGUUUCCAACAGUGGGCUGAUCUCUGUGGUCUGUUUUGUGGUACUUGUGGUGUCCUACGCAGUCAUCCUGGUGAGUCUGAGGCAGCAGAUCUCUGAGGGCAGGCGGAAGGCCCUGUCUACCUGUGCAGCCCACCUCACCGUAGUCACCCUUUUCCUGGGACACUGCAUCUUCAUCUAUUCCCGCCCAUCCACCAGCCUCCCUGAGGACAAGGUGGUGUCUGUGUUUUUCACAGCUGUCACCCCACUACUGAACCCCAUCAUUUAUACCCUUAGGAAUGAAGACAUGAAGAAUGCCUUGAAUAAGCUAAUGGGGAGGAAGGAGGGAAAAGAAGAAAAAUGA